GCCAGCUACAGUUGUACACCGGGAUGAAAAGCACUGUCCCUACAGCGGGAUAUAAGUUCCGAUCGUGGAAACUGUAUGAUUGUUUCCCGGUUAAGUAAAUAAUAAGGAACUGUCCGAAGGGACUGUGAGGAGACGGUCACGGGACACCGCGAGAGCCUUAAAAUGUUGUUAUGAUAGGCAGACAACAACAAUAGACGGAGAGACAACAACAACGGACUGGCUCGCUAACUCGCUCGCUAGCAUCUUGCCAAGCACUGCGCUGUUUUCAAAUGCUAACUGAAAGCUAGCUAACGUUAGCUACUUCAAUAGCAAAUCUGUCCGGUCGCGCUGAAAUUUGCCCGGACGCUGUUUAUACCUGACACUGGGUAUCCAGCUAUAUCUACAGGGGCAGUCCGUCUUUGCCACUUUGUAGCAAAUUUUGUAUAGAAUUUUGCAUCGUGGCUUUAGCUAGCUAAAGGCUAAGUCCCGACUUCUCCCCCUCCCCAGCGGCCCAGCCGGAGAUGCAUGGAAGAUGUCGGUGUCGGGGCUGAAGGCCGAACUGAAGUUUUUGGAGUCCAUUUUUGAUCCAAACCACGAACGCUUCAGGAUCAUUGACUGGAAGCCUGACGAGCUGAGCUGCCAGUUUAAUGUAACUGGGGAAAAGCUAUUAAUUAUCCACUGUAACAUAACGGAAUCUUAUCCAUCUACGCCGCCAAUAUGGUUUGUGGACUCUGAUGACCCGAGCUUGGCGCAAGUUUUGGAGAGGUUGGAAGAUGUGAGAAAAGGCAGUACUCUGCUUUUGCAGCAGUUGAAGAAACUUAUUUGUGACCUUUGUCGGUUGUACAACCUUCCCCAACAUCCUGAUGUUGAGAUGCUGGACCAGCCCCUGCCCGCAGGCCCCGUGGGACAAGACCGAAAGCAUGGGACAGAAGAGGUCACAUCUGAAGAAGAGGAGGAGGAGGAGAUGGGAGAAGACAUAGAGGAUCUGGACCACUAUGAAAUGAAAGAGGAGGAGCCUGUGGAUGGGAAAAAAUCAGAGGACGAUGGGAUUGAGAAGGAGAAUCUGGCCAUCCUUGAGAAGAUCCGAAAGAACCAGAGGCAGGAUCACUUGAAUGGAGCUGUGUCUGGUUCAGUGCAAGCCUCUGACCGCCUGAUGAAGGAGCUUAGAGAGAUCUACAGGUCUCAGAGUUACAAGACAGGCAUCUACUCAGUUGAGCUUGUUAACGACAGCCUGUAUGAAUGGCAUGUCAAACUAAGGACGGUGGAUCCAGACAGCCCCUUACACAGUGAUUUACAAGUCCUAAAGGAAAAGGAAGGAAUGGAUUACAUUUUACUAAACUUCUCAUAUAAAGAUAAUUUCCCCUUUGAUCCACCCUUUGUCCGGGUAGUUUCGCCUGUGCUUUCUGGAGGUUAUGUUCUUGGAGGAGGUGCCCUGUGCAUGGAACUUCUCACCAAACAGGGUUGGAGCAGUGCCUAUUCCAUUGAGUCUGUCAUCAUGCAGAUCAAUGCCACUUUAGUCAAAGGAAAAGCCAGAGUGCAGUUUGGAGCCAAUAAAAACCAGUACAAUCUCGCCAGAGCACAGCAGUCCUACAAAUCCCUGGUUCAGAUCCAUGAAAAGAACGGCUGGUACACACCCCCUAAGGAAGAUGGCUAAAACAGACUAUUGCCUUUCCUGCACUGGGACCACAUGUCUUAGAUUUUUUUUUCUUUUUCUUGCGACCAAUAUGUUUUUUUGUUUUUUUUUAUCCUGCAAACCAUUUUGUUCUCUACAUGAGAGUUUGAACUCCAAACCAAAUUCCUCAUCCAGCGACAACCCAGAAACUAGCACAUAAACACACAGACACUCACACACACACCCCCACCUGAAAUUUACAUCCAAGUUCAUCAGCUACUCGCAAGGAUGUCCUCUCCCCUGGAUAUUUAUCUCUCUGUGCAUCUGUUGUCUGAUACAAUCUAAUUUUUCCAUUGCGACAUUCGUUCUGAACUCCAGGAAAACAGUGGACUAAAUAGCGCGCAAACUCACCCUUUGGUUUUGGCGUUGAGCAUGCCAAGGUUACUUGCUGGCUGCGAGUUGAAAGGUGCGGCAUGGCUUUAUCCUCCAGCAGUGGCAGUCUGAUGCUCCAGUCGCCGGACAGUGCCUCUCUGACCACAGACUGGAUCUGAGAAUGGCAUGCGGCAUUCCCUGAUAUGAUGCACUGGUGGCUGGGAAGGACACUAGAUGCUGGUGGUGGAAAAGAACCACCGCCUUUUCUCUCCACGGACGGCCUCUGUAAUAUUGUGCUCAUGUAUUAUCUUUGUAAUGCCAAGUUCCCUCCUCUGGAAUAACAUGCUUCUGAGGCUAGCUUGCUUUCAAACCUCUUUAUCUUUUAAAGCUUGAAGCCCUGAGGUGGGGAGGAAGAUGAAGAGACUUUUUGCAGCCUGGGUGGGACAGCCCAUAAUGAAGAACAGCAUCCCGCUGAGCUCUAAAGUUGACGACCACUGUCAUCAUCACAACCAGCAGCUGGACCACUCCCUGCAGGAGAGGUUUGGUGUGUGGCUAGGCUGGCAACACAAGAAACAUGACCAGGCAAAGCAGGGGUGUGUUUGGAUUGGAUCACACUGUAAUGUAGUUGAUUUUAACUCCACAUGUAAACAUGUAAAUUUGUAUUUCUGCAAAAGGAUUUAAUUGUUUAUAAUGUAACCUUGUCUGGGUCUUUGGCUGGGCAGAGACUGUAUUACCAUAUACCCCUGACUAUUAACUGCAGGGGCACUGCAACUUCUCAAGACCCAUUUAGACUAAAGAAAAGUUGCUUCAUGGAUGCUCUUGCAGAAGGAAACAAAAGUACACCGUGUUCUUAUGUAAGCUUAAUGACUACUGCAGUUUUGUUCUUUUUUUUUUUUUUUUUUUUUUUUUAAAUAUUGAUUUGUAAUCUUCAUGUUAUUGGAAACAAUGACAGUUCCAUUCCCCUUAUUUGAUGGCACCUCUUCACCACAAUGGACGUAACAACAAUGGCAUAGACACAGCUGUUUCUGGCAUUCCAGAGGUUUGGCUAUUCAUAUCUAAUCACUCAAACCGGAUGAACCUCAGUAAGGCUAUGCAGUGAAGACACAGUCUUGUGGAGUUUUGUUGUACUGAAGAAAAUUAGUCUUAACAGCUUAACAGUGUAGUCACCUGCUUAGUUCUUGUAGCUGGUUCACAUCCUGACCACUUUGCCAAUCCUGCAGUCUGGAAAAAAAAAAGUGACCUUUUACCUUCUGACUUUUCCUUGACCUCGUGGCUGUUUGUAAAAAUGCAGCCAGAGUUAAAAAAUUCACAGCAAUAGUCUUGACCAUAUACCUUCUGGAUUCACACCUGGGAAGAUCAACUGGAGUCUCUUCCGUUUCCAGAUUAUUUGUUCAGGUUUGAUAAAUUAUUUGUUCAGAAUUUGCCACAGGAGGAACCCAGCUCUUCCCAUUCCCACCUCUCUGGUUACUAUUCAUAACCACUCGCAGCACUGCUGUACCCCUCAGUGUGCUGGGUCUUUGAUGUAAUGUGAAUAAUAUGCAGAAAACUGUGUGGAGCAUUCCAGUUAAUGCAGUUACACGUUUGUUGUGGGUGUUCUAUUGUGUGGUUACUUGAAUUGUUUUGAGUAUGUUGUCCUGAAAACCAGCAUAGAAAGCUUAGUUAUGCUAAUUCAUACAGUCAUUCCUCACGUUUUGAGUUGAUUUUAGAAUUUCCUCAGUAAUACUAACCUCAGUCACAACACCAAUAUCUUCAAAACAGGCAGAGAUGGGUGUAAAAACAUACAGCUUGUUUCAUGUUCAGUACAUGUCUGACGUUUGUUUAGACUUGCUGGAUGUGACAAAGGUUACCCUCCUUUCUUGCUCCUCCCUUUCUUCAUCACAAGCGAAAUCUUAACAUGACUAUGGAUCAUUGGCAUGGUUGUUAGCUGUUGUGAUGCCAUUGGUAAGGUACUAGUCACUUCAUUCUGGUCACAUUGUCGAGCCCACCCCUGCAUUCUCUGGAGAAGCAAACUCAGGAAUACAUACUGCACACUCGACUUUGCAAAGGAUUGCUUCAGAAUAUCGUCAUGAAAUGCAAGAUUUAAAUGUGUCGAUCUUUUUUUAUUUUAUUUUUUUUGGGCCAUUUUAAAAUGACGCCCCUGUUUUACCAGUACACAUUGCAGUGUGUUUUGCUGUUGAGUUGCACACACUUGGAUUUUCUGAAUGCCGUUGAAGUUGAUAAAAUAAUUACUAAGCAAGUUUUUGGAAUGAUCAGAUAAUGUGGAGUAAAGAUUUGCUCCCACCCUCAGAUUAUCCUGCGCUUGAUCAGGGGUACAGAACACAUCUGCCCUGUUUCUUUGAUAUUGCUGUAUUUUGCAUGUCAAUAUAUCAAUGGGUGUUUUUCCCCAAGCUACUGAAGGCAAUGAGUGGUUGGGUCGGGUGGUUUAAAAAAAAGAAAAAAAAAAGAAAAAAAAAAGACUAGAUGUAUCCAUUUUCUCAUGACUUGUUUACUUGUGGUUUCCUACAUCAGUGCACAGGAUCAUUUUUCCCUGUGCAUUGUUAAUUGAACCACGUCAGAUACUAUACAAGACACAAGGACUUAAAAGACAUCCUACCUGCUUUGAUUACCUUAAAACAUGCCAGGAUUCCCAACAAUAGUAGCAGUUCAGAUUAGUGUGCCAUCAGAGCAGUUGUAGGCCUGCAUCUUUAACCUGACGUUUGGAAUAAUGGGUGUACUCAAGUCUGUUGUGCACUGAAUAACAGCUCCUCUCACACCAACACAAGUUGUCUGACUAACAAAAACCUUCUCUGCUUUGGCGAGCGACGUAUUGGUCUGAGGUCUGAACUAGCCUGAUUCUGGGUUCUUUACCUUGCUUCAUUAACUGCGUUGGCCGGGUUAUAAAGUUAUGCACUGUUAGCAUGCUUUGGUUUGGUUUCAUUUUUUUUUUUUUAACAUUGCAAGGGUGAUUUUGACCAUGUAAAGUAAUUUGUAAACUUGCAUCAAGUUUAUGAAUAAAGAAUUUUAUGAAAUA